GGAUGCACGUAUCUUACUCGCCUUGCUGGCACGCGCAUACCGCGUAACUAAAACAUUAAACAUAUGAAUUAAAACCUCUAGAAUAUUAGAUAAAAGCAAGUGAAAAACAUUUAUUUUUGUUCUGUGUGUGUGAUUAAAGGAAAUUUAGGUGAAAGUGUGUUUUGUGACGAGGACCUUAGAGCUCUUUCUUGUGGGAUUUUAGUAGCAUGGCGUGGUGUGGCAUGACAGCGGGAUAAGGUGAGGGGCAAAGCGGGGCGCAAUGAGCGCUCCGGAGCCAUUAGUGCUCCAAGCCCUACAGGGCUUCACCGAGCAGAGCGACAAGUGGCCCGGGCCCCGAGUCGUCAAAAUAUAUGUCGCUUCCGUUUACAAUGAUUUUCGGGAAGAAAGACGCCAAGUUCUCGAGUUGGUGGGCCCAGAGUUGCAGUCGACAUACGAUGACCGACAUAUCGAGUUUGAGUUCGUGGAUAUGCACUAUGGGACGGACGGUGGGGAUGAGUCGAAUCCGUCGUUGCUGCGAUACCAUCUGGACGAAAUACGAUGCUGCAACCGCACAUCAAAGGCGGGAUACUUUCUAUGCUUCAUUGGCGGGGACGCAUCGUCUUACCAACCAGUCCUACCAUUCAAGAUUCCGGAAGAAACGUUCGAGCAUCUCAUCAGAUCUGAAUCAGCUCAAACUGCACUUUUACGUGCUUGCUACAGGCUCAAUGGCGACGGCACUUACCACUUAGAAGGCGAUGAGAAAUGGUACAGCGACUUACUCGAACGGGAUGAUCAGAGAAAAAAGCUGUUAACAGUUCAAAAGGUGUUCAAUACGCUCGCGUUAGAAGCUUUAGAAGGAGGUGCCGAUGUAGCUGAAUUGCUUCGGAGUCCUUUGGAGAUUCAAUGUGAAACGGCUAUUGAUUUGUUGGAAAAUGGAAAGCAUCCGAAGGGUGUUAUUGUUAUAUUCCGAGACAUUCCAGAUUUAGAGGCAGAUGACUCCAAAAUAACAGCGUUAGUGCACGAAAGGUUAAAAAAACUACUAAGGAAAUUUGAAGGCAUUUUACCCGAGACUCAUGUUAUUAGAUUAGAACCAACAUCAGCAGACUCGUCCCGAACGGACGUGGCAUCAGAUAAUGAAGAGAAACUAUCGCCCUUCAGGGAGAAGGUUCAGGCGGUGGUAUCGUCGCUGGUCGACGACAGCCUCAGUACCGAACCCGAUCAGGGCAAAGGCAGGAAAAAGACUGUACAGGAAGUAUUUUUGGAACACAUCACUCACCUUAGAAUAUGUAUAGAACAUAAUCGUCUUUAUAAAGUAAAUGUUAAGAAAAUCGAAGACGCAGUUAGAGAUAUAUUAGAUAACGCCAAAGAAAACUACGAGAAUAGGUGUCGGCAUCCCCCAGUGCUGAUAUAUGGGCCUGACGCCUCUGGAAAAAGUACGCUGUUGACGCAUCUCUAUUUCAAAUGCGAGGAAUUAUUUCCCAGGCCAGUCUUGAGGAUAAUACGCUUCUCGGCCGCCACGCCGAGAUCGGCCUACAAUUUAGAAUUGCUGAGGGUGAUGUGCCAGCAGAUAUCUAUUAUCUUGAACAUUCCUGAAGGCUACCUACCGAAAGACGCCAGUUUCGACCCUCUGUACAUAAAUAACUGGUUUCAGAGCUUGCUCAAGAGAUGUGAGGAAAUGAAAGACGAAAUUUUGUUGAUAUUCAUUGACAAUGUUCACAGAGUUAACCCGUUAGAAUGUGAUAUCGUAACCGGUCUAUCCUGGUUACCUAUGUCUUUGCCUAGAAAUGUAUUCUUGUUUUGUACGAGCGCAGUGCCUUUAGAACAACUGCAAUUGACCCCGGCACAAAAGGAAAAGUUCAAAGUUCAAAAUUGUUACUACUUGUUGGACGCGAUAGAGGAGUCGCCUGAAAAUAAUAGCUCCGGCGAUAACAUAGACGGUGCCUUUGAUAACUUGGAAGUCGUGUUCGGUUCAAAAUCGUUUAGUAAAUUGGCUGGUUACAUAACUUGUUCGGAGUUUGGUCUCACGGAAUUCGAAUUGCUGGAACUUUUGAUGCCAACUAGCAACAGCGAAGCAGUUAUUACAUUAAAGGAUGCCAACUUCAACUUUUCCACUUUAUGUGUCGCAAAAUAUAUGAUGAAAACAAUAAUAGUUGAGAACGUGGUAUCUGGUAGAAGUACAUGGAGGUGGCGCGCAGCGGCUGCAAGUGCGCGCGCUCGAAGAAGAUAUGUGCGCGUGCAAAGUGCGCUCAGAGACGCGCAUUCUGAUCUCGCUGCGCUACACUUUGCCAACUUUCUAAAUGAUACUGAUGAUACUGAUACUUCCGAGACACAUGAACCUGGUUGUGUAGACGACGAUGAUGCCCUCCUUGACUCGACACCAUUCCACUCAGCAAGUAGAACAGCCGCCGCGUUCACACAGAGACACGUGGAGGAAUCAUGGCUACAUCUGCUUUUAGCUGGAGACUUCUCCAAACUAAAGGACUUGACUGUCUGCAACUUUGACUUCUUGCUCGCGGCCGUGCAGACAGUGACAAUAUCGUAUCUCCGCUGCAUCCUGGAGCACGUCCGCUGCUAUAUCCUGGACCGGGAUGUCGAGCUCGUAUACGGCGCUGUGAGGAAAUCCAGCGAUAUCCUCACACGAGAUCCGAUGCAAUUGGGCGCUCAGAUAAUAGCGUGGCUGCGACCAGCGGUUGCGAGGCGUGGUGUUCUGGCGACUCUGGUGACCGCUGCCAUGGCGUGGUGCGAUGGAUACGAUAAGCCGCUUCUUGUGCCUCUUAACGGCUGGCUACAUCCACCGAUUGCCUCAACAGUACGCGUAGUAUCUGUAGGUGGAUCGACGCCGGGUGCAGGCGUGAGACUACUGCAACUAGCGCCCUCUGGACAACACCUUGUCCUAGCGCCCUCUGCUGGUGAUCCGCAACUCUGGCACGUCAUGUCCAACUCUAAAGUCCACACUUUCAAAGGUCACUCUGGGCGGAUACUAUGUAUGUGUGUCACCCGAGAAUCGCAAUACCUUCUGACCGGCUCUGAAGACACCAGCGUCAUUGUAUGGGACCUGCACACUUUGGCUGUCAAGACAAAAAUUCUAGAGCACAUAGCACCAGUCCUAUGUGUGGCAGCAAUAGUGAAUCGAUCCUUAGUCAUCAGCGGAGGAGAAGACUCUGCAGUUAUUGUUACAUCUCUCGUCGAUGGAGCUUUGGUAACCAAGCUAGACCAUCACCGUGGGCCGGUCACGACAAUAAAAGUCAUACAAGAUGGUGACAUACUAGUGACGUGUGCACAAGAUGGCGCCGUUUGCACGUGGAACGUUGACAGCUUCACACUGCUCAGCACAGUAUCGACCGGCGUUCCGAUUCACGCGAUGGAAAUUACUGAGGACAAUGUAUUCCUCGUCACGCUCCAGGGUGAAAACGAGCUACACAUACGGACAUUUAUAACCGGCACCCAUUUGCAUGUACUGAAAAGGCACAAGACUAAGGUAAAGUGCUUCUGCGUUGGUCACGACUCAUCCAGAAUCUCAGUCGGGUGUGCUGAUCAACGUAUCUACAUAUACAGCUUGCAUACUGCCCAGCUCCUUCGUACAUUGGCAGUAGCUCACGACCUAGCUGCUCUGGCAAUUGCUGACAAAGACCACUUUCUUUUGGCUGCUGGUGGCAACCGAGUGACAAUAUAUUCAUUUCACACUGAAGAUAACCUAACUAACUUCAGACCAACAAAACAGUUGAAGCGACGACAAACAAAAUCGACAACAAAUAUUACUUUGUUACAAGCCGAACAAAGCGAGCUUAUUCCAAUAAGCUGUUUAGAAGUGUCACGGGAUGGACAGUUAGCUGCGAGUGGUUGUGCUCGAGGCUUGGUGAGAGUUUGGCAACUCUCCACGCACAGAUUACAGACUACAUUGAACGGACACUUGGGCCAUAUCACUUGUGUUACAUUUAGCCCCAACAAUUUACUUGUACUGAGUGGAUCUGAAGAUAGAACUGUUGUUGUCUGGCAACUUGCUGAUAACUCAUCUUCGUUAACUUAUAAGGGCCACCAAUCUGCACUACAAACUCUCCUAAUGAUGUCGGACGGUCGCCGUGCUAUGUCCGGUGACCGUGCAAGGAACGUUCACGUUUGGCUUGUCGACUCUGGCAUUAUUCUUCAUUCUGCUACGUGCCCUACUGCUAGCAUUGAUGUCACUCUGAAUAUGAAGUUUGCAGUUUUAUCAGAUGGAGACAACUCAGUUCGCAUCUGGGCACUGGCUGAAGGUGACAGCGGUGAGGAAAAGCGCUCAGUUUCGCACGCAGAAAGAGUGACAUGUUUCGCCUUGACGGCCGACUCGCAACAUGUGGUGACAGGUUCCAUGGACAUGUCGCUGAAAGUUUGGCAAUUGGAUGGUGGAAAAUUAUCACAGGUGUUAGUAGGUCAUUCGGACAUAGUGACCUGCGUGGCAGUAUCCAUAACAAACAAGACACAAGUUGUGUCUGGAUCGUGGGACUUUAAUCUAAUUGUGUGGGACAUUAACACAGGAUCCGAUGUGCAUUUGCUGUCUGGACAUUUAGGGAAAGUUACUUGUGUUAAGGUUACUGGAGAUGGAUCCAUUGCAGUUUCGGGCGCGGAGGACAAGACUCUUAUCAUUUGGGAGACGAAGAGAGGUUUGGCGCUGACGUCACUCGCACUUCACGUCCCUUUGUUGGGAUUUCAAAUCACAAGCGACUGUUCACGUAUUGUCGUACAUCUUUUGGACCGAGGUUGCUUGCCGAUCAUAUGCCUCCACAACACCCCCGCUACCUACGUCAAAAUACCGACAUACGCCGCGCCGACGAAGGACGUCGAUGAAUUACGGCCACUAGCACCGAAACGCCCUAUGAGAAGAUUACUCAAGAAGGAAGUUUCAUUAGACACGUACACGUGGCAGAAAAAAUAUGGACAUCUUACUUCAGCAGCCAUGAUGGCGCAAGUUGACGAACGGUUAAAGAGGCGAUUUUCCGUAUCAGCAUCAAUGGAAGAGAUAUCUAAAAUUCAAGAAGCGAAAAAUAAGGACUUGGGUUCACAGGUAAGCCUGGGUCCAGAACAAGCUGCAAUAGCACAAUCCCAACACUUCGAUCAGCUGGAAGCUUUAUGGAAUAAAAUAUCACCUCCACGGCGGCGCUCUAAUAAGUCAUUAUCAAAGCAAAGUUCUCUGAUCGAGAGAGUCGAUUCAUCUGACGAAGAUCAUACUCCAGUAGAAGAACAAGAACAUAUGGUGGAGUAAAAAUAAAGAAUUUAAAUCGAAUUAGCGUAAUUAAUUCUAGGUUUUAUCUUUACUUAUUUUAACGAGCUGGUCUCAUUUUAUUAGCAAAUUCAUAACGCAGAUUUUAAUUUAUAUAAUGA